AUGCUGCUUUCACUGUCGCAUGUCUGCAAGGUGGAAGACGCCAACAUGGUCCCACUGAGGAUGGUCGCCUUCAGCCAGCACCGGGGAGGACCAGCACCAGGAUCCUGGAGGCCCUGGUGCUGGUCCUCCCAGAGCACCGGGGAGGACCAGCACCAGGAUCUGGAGGCCCUGGUGCUGGUCCUCCCGGAGCACCGGGAGGACCAGCACCAGGGUCUGGAGGCCAAGGAAACGAAAGUGAAAGUAGUCGCGCCUGUCGCCGCCUGUCGCCUCCCCGCAGCUCGUGCCCGUCAGUCAGUCGGUGUGUUCGUACCGGGACGAUGGAGGAAACCACGGCGCCCGCUCCCGGUGACCGUGGAGGGGCACUGGGAUCCGGAUCAGACCAGAUCCGCGAAGAACAAACUGCAGCUUUACUUCCAGAGCAAGAGGAAGUCCGGCGGGGGGGACUGCCGAGUGGAGGCCGAGGACGGAGGCCCGAGAGUCGCCGUGUUCUUCCGCUGCGCGGAGGUGAAAGAGAGAGUCCUCGCCAGAGAAAACCAUGAAAUCCUUCUGGACAAUCGAACUGUGAAGUUACGUCUGAUUUCUGCUUCAAUCCCACCGAGCAGCGACUCAGACUCAAAGACUCAGGACUCACAAGUCGAGCCUGGAGAAGAAGCUUCAGCGGAGAACAAAGAGGAGUCGGAGCGCGUGCUCAGCGUCUCCGUGGUGUUGGACAACGUGUCGCACGACACCACCAGAGACCUGCUGGCCAUGCUGGUGGAGAACAUCUCGGGUCUGGACGAAGGCCACUUCGGUCUGGAGAUCAUCUGGGAGAGCAGCAGAGCCGUGGUCACCUUCAAGCAACCGGCAGACCAGGAGAAGUUCCUGGCCGUGAGUCAGUCCACCCAGAAGCUGCAGAAACGAGGACUGACGACUCGCCCGCUGGAGGCUGCGGUGAGCGUCCGGUUGGAGAGUCUCCCUCCCAACGUGGUCAAAGACAUGUUGGAGCUGUACUUCGAGAAGCACUGGGAGGUGCCGGACGCCGUGGUCCUGAUCCCCCAUGAACGGGCAGCCGUGGCGACCUUCAGGAGCCCCAAAGUCGUGGAAAGCAUUUGCACAAAGCGAGACUACUUGAUGCAGUCCAUCCCCGUGAAGGUGUAUCCGUACUACGAGUCCCUCGGCACGGCGCUGUACGGCUCAGAGCGGCCCACGUGGAAGAUGCCCGAGCCCGUCACCGAGCGCGUUCACCACGUCAUCUGGAAGUUCCUCCUGAUGAAGAAGCUGCUGAACAGCCUCAACGAUCGGAUGCGUCCGCACUUCUGCAGCGUGGACUUGGAAACCCCGGCGGCGAAGCUCCGCCCUCUCCCGGAGUUCCUGAAGCAGAAAGGUCUGACCGCCCAACGCGUAGAUGGGUGGGCGAGCGCCGCCAAAGAGGCCUUCUGUCGCCAAAUGUCCGAGUACGGCGCCUUCGAGUGUCCGGCGAAUGCGCAUGCGUGGAAAGCUGCGGAGAAAGACGUCCGUUCGGCUAUCGGGGACGACGCCUUCCUGGUGCUGGAUACACCCAAAGGGAUUCUGACCGUUGCCGGCCGAGCUGACACUCUGAAACAAAUCCAAGCUCCUGUGGAGAACCUCGUUCUGAAAGCCAUGGAUCAGAUGAAGCGUCAGGCAGAGGGUUUAUCUGACGUGAUGAGAAUGUCUCCUGCGAUGUUCUACAUCCUGAAUCACGAGGGCUUCAAGAAAGCGGCCCAGGACAUUUCCCCCGACAUGAAGCUCUCCUUCAAUGAAGUUGACCAGAAGUUGACCAUCACGGGAUUACCCGUAGAGGUUUACCGGAUUAAAUCGUGGAUCUUGGAGAAGAACGUGGGCUUGAGUAAGAAGCCCCUGAAUAUCCCCCCACCGCUUCUGGACUUCCUGAAGACCGUGGAUCCCAUGGACAUGUCGCAGCACCUGUUCACAUCCAGAGGCAUCGGGGCCGUCUACACCAUCGAGAACAAAGGGUUGACUCUGUCGGGGAGUUCUGAGAGAGUCCUCGCGGCCGCCGAGAGCAAGAUGAAGAGCGAUUUGAGCCAGCAGACUCUGAAUGUGGAGGACCAAGACGUUCUGAAACUUCACCUUUGGGUCCAGCUGAACCAACAGCUGUUGGACACCUACAACUCUUUAACGACGAAAACCGUGGCCAUUCAGAUCCACCCGGAGAGAAAGGACAAGGUGACGGUGGCCGGCUUCCUGAAUCAAGUGAACGAGGUCGCCGACAGUCUGAGGGACUUCAUUAUGAACCACUCCCGGGUUCAAGAAACCAUUCGCAUCAAGUCCUGCGCUGUCGUUCAGUUCAUUGAGAAAAAGAAAUCAGAAGAUUGGUCCGGCAUUGCCAAAGAUAAUGACGUAGAAGUCCGGUUUGAUUCAGCGAGGCCGAAGAUCACCCUCGCCGGGGCUCGUCUUCACGUCCAGAAAGCCAGAAGCUGCUUCCAGGAGCUGGCGAGUGGCCUCUCCACCGACCACUUCACGGUGGACAAGCCUGGAGCCAAGAAGUACUUCCAGUCUCAUGGAAGCAUGUUGCUGUCGACCAUCAUGACGGAGCUCAGCUGCGUGGUGGUGCUUAGUCCGGAGAAUCAAGAGGAGGAGGAGGAGGAGGGGAUGGAGUACGACGAAGUGAAAAACGGGCAUUGUUAUUGCAAAGUGAAGACCGCGAGUGGGGUUCUGGUCUCGGUCAGCAAGGCCGACAUCUGCAGCUUUGGCGUGGACGCGGUGGUCAAUGCGGCCAACGAGGAUCUGCAGCACAUCGGCGGCCUGGCGUUGGCGCUGCUCAAGGCGGCCGGGCCGGAGCUGCAGAAAAUCAGCAACGACCACGUUGCCAGAAGAGGAAAGCUACGAGCCGGCGACGCCGUGGUGACGGCCGCGUGUAACCUGCCCUGCAGGCACGUCGUGCACACGGUCGGCCCGCGGUUCUCCGACGCCGACAGGAAGACGUCCGUGUCGCGUCUGAAGCUGGCGGUUAAAAACAGCCUCACGCAAGCGGAGGCGGUGAACUGCUCCACCGUCGCGCUGCCGGCGAUCAGCUCGGGGGUGUUCGGCUUCCCCGUCGACCUCUGUGCCGAGACCAUCGCCGAGGCCGUGAGGGACUUCUGCGACGCCUCGGGAGGUCCGCGGUUGUUGACGGAGGUCCACCUGGUGGACAACAACGACAACACGGUGAGAGUCCUGGCCGCGGCCGUCAACACACUGUUCAAGGACCUUGGACCCACGAUGACGGUACCACCGCCAGCAGCAGCGAGAGGCGCUGAGGCUUCUGGUGGAUACCAGCUGGUUCAAGGUCAGAACCACUCCCAGUUGCCCCGGGGCCGUCCGUUUGGUAACCGAGGGCGAGGAGGUAACCAUGGAGGUCAGAACCUCGGAGGCUACGCCAGCCGUGGAGGUCACGCAGGGUCGGGGAGGAUGGAGCAGACCACCGCCGAGGGGCUGAAGAUUAUCUUGCGGAGCGGCAACAUUCAGGACCAGACUACGGACGUCAUUGUCAACACCAUCUCCGAGGACAUGAACCUGAACCAGGGCGCCGUGUCCAAAGCCGUCCUGCAGGGCGCCGGCUCCGGCCUGCAGCCGGCCCUCCAGGCUGCAGCCGGGGCGUCCGCGCUGCCGUACGGCGACGUCGUCGUCACCGACGGCUUCAACCUCAAGUGUCGGAAAGUCUUUCACGCCGUUUGCCCGUUUUGGGACAACGCAGGUGGCCAGGCCGAGGAGGAGCUGGUGUCCAUCGUCAGAUAUUGCCUGAAGGAGGCCGAGAGCCUCCGCAUGGCCUCGCUGUCCUUCCCCGCCAUCGGCACGGGAAACCUGCGCUUCCCCAGAGACGUGGUGUCCAGAGUGCUGCUGCAGGAGAUCCACGCGUACAGCCGCAGACGAGCGCCUCGCCACCUGAGGGAGGUGGCGGUCGUCGUUCACCCGAGUGACGGCCGAACGGUGGACGUCUUCACCAGAGAGUUCAAAGGUCAGACCGGUCAGAGGAACGUCCAACGGGAAGCUCGAGAGUUUAACGAGUCACCAGUGAGCCAAUCACAGCAGGCCUCAGCCUCCUUCGGCCGGGUGUCCUCUCCGAGCCUCGGCGUGCACCAGAUCCAGUUGGGUCCGCUGAGUCUCGAGGUGUCGACUGGCGACAUCACCAAGGAGGCCAGUGAUGUCAUCGUCAACUCCUCCAAUCAGAACUUUACCCUUAACUCAGGCGUGUCGAAGGCGAUCCUAGACGGCGCCGGACUGACGGUGCAGCAGGAGUGCUCCCAGAUCGUGGGUUCUAAGGGGUUCCAGCCCGUUCUGUUCAUCCUGACGUCGGCCGGCCGCCUCCCCAGCACUCACAUCCUCCACGCCGUCGGCUCCAACGACCCCCCAAAGAUCCAGGAGCUGGUUUACUCGGUGCUGAAGUUCUGCGAAGAGAACAAGUUCAGAUCCGUGUCGUUCCCGGCUCUGGGAACAGGUCAGGGCGGGGCCAACCCGGCGGCGGUGGCGGACGCCAUGGUGGAGGCCGUGGUGGACUUCGUGAGGAAGAAGCAGCCGAGGUCCGUCCUCGCCGUGAAGAUCCUGAUCUUCCAGACGGUCAUGAUGGCCGACUUCCACAAGAGCAUGACGAGGAGAGCGGGGGAGGAGGUGGAGGAGAGGAGCGCCUUCACCAAGAUCAAAGACCGCUUCACCUCCUUCUUCCUCGGGGUCGGCGACGAGCGCCCCGCCGGCGCCGGCCCGGUUCUGGAGCGGGAGGAGUUCCAGCCCACGGCGUUCGAGCUGUGUGCCGACAGCGCCGCGGCCGUGAGUCAGGCGAGGAAGAGGAUCACGGAGCUGAUCGUGUCCGAGCAGGCCAAGAGAACCAUCACGGACCCGUUCAUCGGGAAGCUGUCGCAGGCCGACAUGGACGGGCUCAGGGCCCUGCAGAGGAAGCUGACGGUCAGCAUCCACCUGCACCGAGGCCAGGGGGGCCAGGAGCCCAACAUCCACCUGGAGGGGCUGACCAGAGACGUCCUCACCGCCGAGUCCGCCGUCAGGGAGAU